AUGAGGCCGUCUCCCACCGAGUACUCUGGCUCGCAGAGAACCGAGCGCGAUAGACCAGACUGCUCUCCUUCCAGCUCAGCAGUCGCAACUACUCGAGCCGUUGGCUCAGAAGACUCAUGGAUUGAGAUUCCCUCGCAUCCAUCUUCUACAUCCUUAUCUUCGACCGCCAACGACAUCGUAACUACCGGACUUAGUGUUCGGUCUCAAGAGGAACGCCUUUCGCGUCAAUUUCGGACUUCAGCACAUCAGCUGCCUCGUGAACCGCGAGCCACAAGUACCACAGGGAGUAGUCAAGAUGAGUACGAAGAGAGCGAGAGUGAAAGUGAUCGAAUCAUGAGUAGCUCCAACGAAGAUAUCGACCCAGACGCAGCCGGCGAUGACGACGACACCUCGACAGCAUUAGGUGUGAGGAGUAUCAACAGAGUCUUUACUCCACAACCCAAUGCAUUUUCCCAUCCUCCAUCCUCACAACUUCGACCUAUUCCCGACUCGUACUUCCCUGCUGUCCAGCCUUCUGAUCAACAUGCCAAUCGGACAAUCACCCAGCGCAGCUACCAGCACCAAACCCGUACGCGCAGUCACCCUGCUAUGUCUUCCUAUCAACCCGACCAUGACGCCGCUCUUCGUGCCUCUCUCACGACACUACUUUCCUGCGCUGCCGCAGUGAGACCCAAAGGCCAGCCAUCGAGAAAUACAACCACAAGACCCCCAGCUCAACCCACUUCACUUCGGCUAGUACCAGAGUCUGAACUUGAAACAGCAUCACAGCCAAGACGGACAACCUCGUCACCAAAGCAACAGAAACGGAAAUCGCGAGAAUCAAGCAAAGAGCGUCAAGUCAAGAAAGUGCGAGCCGCAAAGACAGCAAUAGUAGGUGAAGAAUUAAUCAGUCCUACACUGGCGUCCUGGAUGAUCUCCGCAGGAGUUGUUCUUGUUUUCUCCGCCAUCAGUUUCAGUGCUGGAUAUGCUUGGGGACGCGACGUGGGUAGAAUUGAAGGCGAACUUGGCCUGACGGGAGGUGGUUGUAGCCAAGAGGCAGUACGUGGAAGCGGAACUGGACUCCGCCGUCUGAGAUGGAGUUCUGGCGCCAGCAGUGUACGUGCAUGA